AUUGGAUCCCUCAACAGAUUUUAGCUUCUUAGGAGCGAACCCCUUUUGGAGGAGAUGCAGACUGUCUUGCAAGAAAUACAAGUCGAUGAACCACUGUACCAGUUGUUUCCAGGUAUGACCAAACAAGAAAUUGUGAACCGCGCUCUUUUAAUUAGAAAAGAGGCUAUGGAAAAGGAAUCACCACACAGAUGUGUCGAAGGGUUGUUCUUCUUGAAAGAAACCUUGUACAAAAAUAGCUUUAACUCUGAAGCGUUUCCAAAAGAUAAACUACCGACUCUUCGUAUAUUUGAAGUAGGCUCUUGCUUUGGAGUCGCUCUUCGAAAGUUGGUGCUUGAUGGUGCUUCGCGUGACAAUAUCUUUGGCGUUGAUGUUUCUGAUACCUUUGUUCGUCUUGGAUAUCAAUUCUUUGAUGACAAAGCUUCUUUUGGUGACAGAAUCCGUGUGCUCAACGUUUUAGCUGAUAACUUUUUCGACGUUGUGCACAGCUGGGCUGGACCUGAACCCUUUGACGUGGUUAUAGCCAAUCUCGUGUUUCAUUGUUUGCCGGAUCAUAAUGACGUUCUUGCGGAAAGAGCUUACAAGUUGCUUAAGCCUGGUGGCGUUCUCAUUGGACAAACUGCAGCACAUGCAAAUGACAUGAAUGAGCAGUUCGUAUUUGGAAUAAGUCCUCGUAAAGCGGUUCUUCAUUCGGAAAGUUCUUUUAACAAUCUUUUAAAGUCCCAUGGUUUUCAAACCGUGAAAGUAAACUUGAAUGACCAUCCUAUGGAGGAGGAAGAUAUUCAGUGGAUGUCUCGCCACUUCGCUUUUGAUAAGAACGAAGCCAGUGGCUUGAGUCUUAUGAGUUUUAUUGCAAGAAAAUGAACUUUUUUCGUAUAAAGGAUUAUUUUAUAUU